UUCCUAGAACGUUUGAGUAACGCAAUGCUCAAUGUGGUAAUGGCGCCUAUUUCUCAGUGAGUUGUGAUUUGCCGGUUAGGUACGACAUCCAAGAUAAGUGUUAAAACAAAUACAUUCAUUUCAGGCGAUUAAUAUUUUUUGAAAAGUGUAAAACUUCAACCUCAAAAUGACAAUCGGGAAGAACAAUAAGAUGCAACAGCAUCUUAACUACAGGGUUAGAAUUACCUUACAAGAUUCCAGGACAUUUAUUGGAACAUUUAAAGCAUUUGACAAACACAUGAAUGUCAUCAUCGGAGAUUGUGAGGAAUUCAGGAAGCUCAAACCCAAGGGGUCCAAGCAGCCAGAGAAAGAGGAGAGGAGACUACUAGGGUUUGUGCUGUUGCGAGGAGAAAACGUGGUGUCGCUGUCAGUGGAGGGGCCCCCGACUCCGGAAGAGGGUCCUAGGGUGCCUAUCCCCGGAGCAGCUCCAGGUCCCGGCAUCGCACGAGCAGCUGGUCGUGGCAUCCCAGCAGGAGGCGGUGGAGUACCAGCUGGACUACAAGGCCCAGUGCGUGGUGUGGGUGGACCGUCACAACAGGUGAUGACUCCUGGAGGCAGAGGUAUGGGCAUGGUCGGACCACCCCAGGUCCGAGCGGGGCCAGCGGGAAUGCCCCACAUGAUGCCGCCACCUGGAAUGCUUGCAAUGCAGCCGGGUAUGCAAGGAAUGCCACCAAUGGGCAGGGGAGGCCCACCUCCAAUGCAGGGUCCACCCCCAGGCAUGAUGAGAGGAGGUCCACCUCCUCGACCAUACUAGGACUGAAAUCGAUUCUGAGUAUCGUCAACUGUCUUUGUGAUAAUCUUCUCGUUCUCAGCAGACAGUGUUCUACCGUUCCCUAGAUUAUAAGGCGUUUAAUUUAGGAAUAAUGUAAAUAUUUUGAGGUCAAUUCUUAGAAUGGAUAUAUUGUGACCAGUGAAACUUUAGAGGGACAAACAGUAAUUAAUAAAAAUAAUGAAACAUGACAUAUGAAAUAUCAAUCGUGAGAUAUAUUUUGAUGCAUAAUAACUUGUCUUUUCUUUGGACAUCUUUCUACGAUUUUAUUUCUUAAAUGUUCCUCUUUUUAAGUGCUUUGAUUCGGAGUCAUGUAUUGCUUUUGUAUUAUUUUUCUUCAACAGUUGUAUCAAAUUUUUAAAUUUAUUCACUUUAUCAAUCAGUGAUCCUGUUUACCAUAAUUCUGUAGUGUAUUCGCUAAUUGUUUUAAGUAAAACCUACGACUUUUGUAUGUGAAUAAAACAUAUUUUAGA